UGAUAUUCUUUGACACAUACCACCAAUACACUUCACACCCGAUGCUUCCUGCAUCACUUCCUGGCUGUGGGGUUAGGGUUAGUGUGUGUGUGUGUGAGAGUAGUUGUACAGCUAUCCUUCUGAGGACCAGUUGAGGUUUGUGGGUAAGGAUUAGACAGUUAGUUGAGAGCUAGGAAAUGCAUUGUGCCUCUCUCCUCACUAAGAUAGUGUAUUAUAUGGUCUUCUCGUUUUACUCUUAGCGUCUCUUUUCUGUUUUUGGGAUGUGUACAAAGUUUAAAGGUUGAAUGGUCAUUUACCAGUUGUCAGCUCAUAAAACUACUAGACGUAAGGAGACAAGUUGAGAACCAUAUAUAAGGAGUCUGUAGGAGCUGAACGAGAGAGGGGGUUCGACAAUUAGCCAGAAGCUCUAUCAGAUUCAGCAAGAGCUUGACACUGUUCUUUCUUGUAAUAAACCUUUUUGAAUGCAAGAGAAGACUUGUCAGUGGUGAUCACUUCUUUCUUCAGCACAUCAAUAUACAACAAUAGCCGUACAAACAAGUAUGUGAGUGUCCAUGUGUGCCCUACCUGUGUGUGUAAUCUGGUGCAGGAUUUGCACAGCAUACUGAGUACCACUAGAGGGUGACCAAUCACCAUCCUACACAUCCAGAUAGUUGAAUGAAAAUUUAAACCCUCACUGACAUAAAAGAUCUAAACAGUAAUUUCAUGUUGAAAUGUGUGACAAAGGGUCAGACCAUUUGUCUCAUUAUUACCAUCUUUAGUUUAGUUUAACCAUACUUGUUUGUUUCAGUUAUGUUGCCAUCAGUAAUCACCAUUUUGCAGAUACAGACUAUCCCGGGUUUGUUUGUGUUUUGUAUUAUGUUUGGUUAUAUUUGGUAGCUCAACUUCUUGGUUAAAAUAAACACUUACACAUAUUGUUAGAUUUAGUUAUAGUUUAUUGAUUUACUUCUUGUUAAAAUAAGUUAUGUUGAUAUUCAUUUGUGUUACUUACCAUACUCACCAUGUGGCCAGAGUCAAAGGAGGGAGUGCGGUGAUAUUUCCUGCUUUUUAUACUUUAUACUAUUAUAUGAAGAUAUGAUUAAAUAUGGAUCAUCAGUAAUGCAGGUUAAGGUGUUUUACUGUAGUCAGGUCAGAGGUUAGUUUUGUAAAUGGUUUUAUUAGGAGCCAGUGGAGUCUCCUCCCAUAGUGGUACAGCCAGGGAGGCUGGGUUAGGAGGAGGAGAGGUUAUUUAAGCAGAGGCCUUUUGUCUGUCAAGGGGGAAACAGUGUGCUGAUCAGGUGUAGCAAUUUACACAUGAUUUAAGUUGAGUUUUAUUUAGUUCAACUCAGUUAACUGUUCAGUUACAUUUUUUUCUGUUGUAUAUACUUUUGUUGAUACAAAACAAAGCUGGAAGCACCUGUAAAUAAACACCUUGUGGUGAUUUUUUCUAAACAAACGGCCUUGAGUCUGCCUCCUACUUAUGCCGCUCCGGUCAGCUUCCCAACAAAAUGUCUGUGCAAAACAGCUGGAAUAUGCUCCAGCAACCCCCGCAACCCUAGUAAGGAUUAGGGAGAUGUCUGUGCAAGGAAAUUAAGCUUUGAGUUAGGAGUUUCCUUUAAUACUAUGCAAGCCAGGGACAAAAUGAAGGGAUGAGGGAAAUACAUCUAAUUAACCCAAAGCCUGUUGCUGUAAUUGAAAAUCAUUUAUUUGUACCUCUAUAACCACUCUGGGGACUAUAACUAAUGUCUCUUUCUGCCCUGUAGAAGCAUGUUACCACUGUGAAUGUGAAGCUUCAAGUUCUUUCCUCAAUGUCCUACACAGCACCACAAAACAUAUUCUUGCAUGUCUCAUACAGAUACGUCCAACAUGAGUCACGUUUGCCACUGCGGUUUUGCUGGUAAAAACUACCGGGGUAUGAGAAUUCACCAGGGGAAGAUGGGAUGCAUGCCAAAGGGGCUGAGCAUCCCUCAGAGUGAAUACUAUGGUUCACUUCCUAAACUUGUUUUGGCUCCUCCACUGAAAAUAAAAGAUCCUUGGAUUGUUGACUUCUUCAACACUUCAGUGAAGACUGAAGAUUCAUCAUCCACAAGCCUCCAGGUUUGUCACUGUGGAUGGUCCAGUUGGACAACUUACCAUGGCCUGAGAACUCACCAGGGAAUGAUGGGAUGCACGCCAAAGGGAAUGAGGAUCCCUGAGAAUGAACAGUACAUGUGGAGAGAUAAGUGGGAGGAACCUUAUCGAGAGGACAGCAGGCUGUUUAUCAGUACUCCAGUUAAGGAGGAGCCUUCCAUGAUGUCAGUGUUGCAGGAGAUCAACACCCAAAACAACCCUGGAGCUGAUGAAAGCACUGUCAAGAAAGAAACAUCGUUCUUUGAGACCCCACAGCGCUCUCAUCAAACCGUCACCAACUCAGAAAAAGUCUGCAGAGCCCUUGACUUCUCCACUGGUCUGCAGCAGGUACCUCAGCCUUUCAUGACGCCGGUGUUGCAGGAGAUCAACACCCAAAACAACCCUGCAGCUGCAGAUACCACUGUCAAGGAGAUAGAGAAAUCAUUCUUUGAGACCCCACAGCGCUCUCAUCAAACCGUCACCAACUCAGAAAAAGUCUGCAGAGCCCUUGACUUCUCCACUGGUCUGCAGCAGGUUCCUCAGCCUUUCAUGAUGCCGGCGUUCCAGGAGAUCAACACCCAAAACAACCCUGCAGCUGCAGAUACCACUUUCAAGGAGAUAGAGAAAUCAUUCUUUGAGACCCCGCAGCGCUCUCAUCAAACCGUCACCACCUCAGAAAAAGCAUUUGGCUUCUCCACUGGUCUGCAGCAGGUGGAGAAACUCUGGGAGCAUCCAACCAUCACAGCUCAUGAAACAGUAACUGGCCCAAAGAAGAAAGAAAAUGAUGAAGAAAAAAAUAAAGAGAGGAAGAGCCUCAAACUACAAAAGGCAAGACAUGACAGGGUGAGAGCAGAUUUACAGCAGAAAAUUCAUGUGAGAGAGCAAAAGAUGGCUGAAUUCAGAACAUCUGUUACAGCCUGCAAGGGCAGUUUGGAUGCUGAGUGGCUGGAGGUUAACAAUGUUUUCUCAGAGGUGAUGAGAGCAGUGGAGGAUGCUCGGCAGAAAGCCCUUCAGCCUCUAGAGGAGAGGAGACAGAAAGUGAAAAGAGCAGAACGAGACCUGGUUCACAAACUCCAAAGAGAAAUUGAUACACUUAGAAAGACCAUCAAGGAGCUGGACAAAAAUCCAGACUGGCAGGGUUCUCCUCUAACAAACCUGGAUGAUUUUACUUUCUGGGAAAAUGCAAUGGUUGACACCUCAUCCUCCUUCGGGACCCUGAGAACAGCGACUUCAACAAUGACAAAACAGAUUCAAGACGCACUGGAAAAACUCUCUCCUGUUGAACUGAAGAGGAUCCCAAUAUUUGCAGUGGAUGUAAAGCUGGACCCAGCCACUGCACAUCAGAGCCUUGUUCUUUCUGAUAAUGGGAAGAAAGUAAGAGAUGGCACAAAGAAGCCCAAAGUUCCUGAUACUCCGGAGAGGUUUGAUUUGUUUGGUAGCGUCCUGGGAUGCAACAGCUUGACUUCUGGAAAGUCGUACUGGGAGGUGGAAGUCAGCAACAAAACCGGCUGGGAUCUGGGUGUAGCAAGGGGCAACGCAAACCGCAAGGGUAACCUCACGCUUAACCCUGAAAAUGGUUACUGGGUUACUGUACACUUUGAAGACAAGAAGUAUGCAGCCUUGACAGCACCACCAGUCCAACUGUCCCUGAAAGAUAAACCUCAAAAAGUGGGGGUGUUUGUAGAUUACGCGGAAGGCCUCGUGUCCUUCUACAAUGUGACAACCCAGUCUCACAUUUACUCCUUUACUGAGUGUUUGUUUGAUGGUGAGAUCUUCCCAUACUUCAGUCCUCACCUUAAACAAGAUGAGAAAAAUGCUGACCCUCUGAUUAUAUCCCCUGUGCAAAAGAAGAAGUGAUUGUUGCUGAGGUUCCUGGUGUAAGUCUGGGUGGAUAUUUCCUGUGGUAUUUUGUGGGUGAUCAUUUCAACAAACUUUGUUCUACUGUAAAAGUGAACUUUUUAAUAUUUUGGUCUAUGGGGGUUAAUUUAGUUUUCUAGCCUUUGCUGCAGAUGUGUUGGCAAACUGAUGGCAUGACCGAUGCAGGCCAUAGUGGCCAGUACUGUGUUCUCCCAGUUACUCUUAGUAACUCACAAAUUCUCAUUUUAUGAAGGACAUAUGUGGGACAUCAAGCUUGUCACUUUUACUGGAGGCUUUGUCUCUGCAGCAAGCCUAGAUAGCAUUGCACUGCUAGUAACGUUAUUUGUACUAGCUAGCUAGAAUAAUCUUUGAAGGGUUUUUGUCAUUUUAUAUAAUGGUAUUGGGAACAAUGACCCUUCCCUGAAUAUUUUUUAUCCGUUUCUGAUUUAGAUUUUCUGGUAUUUAUGAAAUGUGUACAGUCCCAGAGAGGGGUCAAUUUAAUGCUUCUGUGUUUUUUAUAAUAAAGAUGAAGUUUGACACUACUUUUGGAGCAGCUGAGAAGCGCUCAAGACCUUUCUGAAUCCCUAGACAUCCUUGUCAUAUUCACCAUCAUAUAAAAUGUGAAGGUAAAAGUAGGUGUUAAAAACACACAGAUAUUGAAGGAUCCUGAAGUUGGUCAGUUGAUUACUAUCGAUAACAAAUUGAUAACAAAUGCAAAUUGCAAAAUGCAAACGUAAAAUGCCAAUUGAUACAUUUUCUUUCAAUACUGUCACAAAAAGACAGUUGCACAAAAUGUUAAAUCUAAAGGUAAUUUGCAAUAAAAAAUGUAUGCUAAUCUAAAACCCGAGACAUUUUGUAUUCACAUGUGGCUAUUACUUGGACGAUGCUAAAAUAAUUUCUUUCAACAUUGUUCUCUUGCUUCACUUGCAUUAUAUAACUAAAAUAAAUGCCCUAAAUGCACUUGA